AUGGAGCCGCGCAGUGGAACCACAAAUGCGACAUCUGACGCCAUGAUCGAUUUUGCUUUUUACCGAUAUGAUCCUAGCAUGGCAGGAGCCGUGAUCUUCGUCAUCCUAUUCUCAAUAACGACUAUAUGGCAUGCCUUUCAGCUUGUUCACACACGAACGUGGUUCUUCAUUCCAUUCCUGAUGGGAGGGAUCUUCGAAAUAAUCGGAUAUGUUGGGCGCGCCAUGUCGAGCAGCCAGUCGCCCAAUUGGACUCUCGGUCCUUACCUCCUUCAGACGUUGUUUCUACUCCUCGCUCCAGCUCUUCUGGCGGCGUCGGUGUAUAUGUUGCUGGGACGGAUAAUUCUAAUUCUACGGGCGGAAUCCCAUGCGAUGCUGAGAAAGAAGUGGUUGACCAAGGUCUUUGUCACCGGCGACGUCCUCUCUUUUUUUCUGCAAGGUGGAGGUGGCGGUAUUCAAAGCAGCGGCGGUCUCGACGGUAUGAAGCUCGGGCAGAAGAUCAUCGUGGCCGGCCUUCUCGUUCAAAUACUGUUCUUCGGAUUCUUCAUCGUAACGGCGAGCAGUUUCGACAUGAAGCUGAAGCGGUAUCCGAUCCCGCGCUGCUUCGAUGGUCAAAUUCCCUGGAGGAAGCACCUCAACAUCCUCUACGUGACUAGUAUCUUGAUCCUGGUCCGGUCCGUCUUCCGCCUGGUAGAGUAUCUUCAGGGCAACGAUGGAUUCCUGUUACACCACGAGAUCUAUCUCUACAUUUUCGACGCGGUGUUGAUCUUCAUCGCCAUGGCCGUCUUCAACCUCUUUCAUCCCAGUGAGAUUGCCCAGUAUAUGGACCUUAAAGAGGAUCUCGAACUAUCAGAGGGUUAUGGCAAUUUGGUCAGUAUCAAAAUGCAGUUCACCAUCCAGGCUCUGUCCGUCCUCGCGGCCUCUCUCUUCUUCUCCACGGCCUCGGCGGCCCCUCAAUGCCAGCCCGGAGCGGCCUGGCCUGACGUCCAUGACUGCCACAACUUCUUCGAAUGUGCCGCUGGCGGCAUCCCAGUCCUCAAGACUUGCGGUCCCGGCACGGCUUACUGCCCCCAAACCGGUGUCUGCGACUACGAAUUCAAGAUCCCCGCUUGCCACCCCCAUGGCCCUCCCCCGGAGGCUCCCGGUGCUGAGGGUGAAGAACAUCCCACGGGCGCUGAGGGCAAUCCCUUCGCUGGUGGGCGUCCCGGUGCUGAGGAUGAGGACGAUGAAUAUCCCAAGGGCGCUGAGGGCAAUUCCUUUGGUGGUGGGCGUCCCGGUGCUGAGAGCCAAGAAUAUCCCAAGGGCGCUGAGGGUAAUGCCAUCGCUGGUGGCUUUCCCGGUGGCAUGGGAGGCGCUGCUAGUCACGGUGGCCCCGGUGCCAUGGGCCACUAA